AUGUUUGGUGUAACAGAAGCAGUAGUGUUUCAGAUCGUCUACUUCUUUUCUGACCAAUACUUAGUUAUAGUUCGCGGCUCUACUGGAUUUUCUAUACAACGAGGUGUCGCUCCUCCAAAACCCGUAUUCGAAAAAAAUGAUAAUCUAAAAAAAUUUUCUUUCAGAAAUCCGAAGAAAACGCCUUGCCGAGUUUUUCAGUUUGGCAAUACCGGUCAAUACUUUUGCUAUUGUGAUUCUGUGAGGACAGUUCUUGUUGAAGCUACGUCAGGAAAAGAAAUUUUCAAUGUUGAUUUGCCUAGGACACAGGAAAUUUUAUUUUCUCCUCGAGAUAGGCUAUUGUUAACAUUUGAACCUUACGCUAUUUAUGGUUCUAAAACGGGCGAAAGUGGUGAAACCAAAGUCCCAGCCCCCAAUUUAAGAAUUUGGGCUCUCCCUUCCGGCAAGCACUUGAAGACACUCGUGGCUCAAAAGCAGGCAUGCUAUAUUGCUUCGUGGAAGAUUCAGUGGACAGAUGAUGAAGUUUACUCGAUGCGGAUGGCUGGUUCCGAAAUUUUCAUUCAUAAGUAUAAUUCGUUUGACAAAUACGAGUCGAAACUGGUCAUUCAGAAAAUUGGAAGUUUUGUAUUGAGCCCUGGAUCGGAGCCACAUCAUUUUGCAGCUUAUAUUCCUGGUACCGGCGGCCAGCCUGCUGUUGUUCAGUUGCGAAGGAUGGAUCAUAUGUUUACGGUAGUGGCUAACAAAACUUUUUUCAAAUGUGACAAAGCUAAUAUGCUUUGGAAUUGUAAAGGUAGUGCUUUAGUGAUAAUGGCAAUUUUGGAAGUAGACAAAUCCAACAAAAGUUAUUAUGGUGAACAAAACCUCUAUCUGGUAGCAAUCAAUGGUGAAAGUUGCAUGGUACCACUUGAAAAGAAUGGCCCUGUAUACUCUGUAAAGUGGAAUCCUAACGGGAAACAGUUUGCUGUGUGUUAUGGAUAUAUGCCAUCUAGGGUAACGGUUUACAAUCUAAAGGGAGACCCAGUUUUUGAUUUGGGAGAAGGUCCUCGUAAUGAAAUCUAUUACAAUCGAUUUGGCAAUAUCCUCCUUGUUUGUGGUUUUGGCAAUAUUGCUUCAGGCAGGAUGCAGUUCUGGAAUACUGAAGAACGCAAGGAGAUUGUGCAGAUUGAUGUUCCAAAUACUACAUUGUUUGAAUGGGCUCCUGAUGGACAACACUUUAUUACAGCGACAACUACUCCUCGUUUGAGAAUUGAUAAUAGUUAUAGGAUAUGGAGUUACACAGGUCGUCUGAUUCAUGAAUCUAGAUAUGAUCCACCUGAUGAAUUAUGGCAGGUCCAGUGGAAACCAAUUCCAGAGGGCGUUUAUAAUCGCUUUCCGGUUGCAACUCUUACUGCAGAAGAAAAAGCUCAAGCUGGACUUCCAGUUGCACAGAAAAGGCUGGAAAAUGGACAUCCUGUUGACAAUCUUCCAGCAGGCGCUAUAACAAAGGGUGGAGCUUAUGUGCCACCUCAUCUUAGGAAGCCUGGAUCAAAAAAAGGGGCUUUGGUCACCAGUACAGCGAGCGCUAAACCAGGGCUAUCCGAACAGGAGAAGAAGAUACGGAAUCUGCAGAGAAAGAUCGAUGACAUAGCAAAAUUGAAGAAGAAGAAAGAAGAUGGAAUGGUUCUUGAAACUAAUCAGCUGGCUAAAAUUGAAAAGGAGAGUGAACUAAUAGCAGAGUUGCAACGAUUGAAAUGUUAGUA